GUCCUUGUUGCUAACCUUGUCUUGUCUUUCUUUUGCUUUUGUCCGUCAUGAACGCCCCAUCUGACCCCCAGACUGCCGCUCUUCUUGCCCAUGUCGCCGCGCAGAUCCAGCACAAUGCUGCCUUUCUCGAGUCCCAGGGAUACAUAUCCCCAGAAGACGCUGCAACCAUGAACUCGAUCGUUUCCAAGCUUCCAGUCACGGUUUCUAUAUCCUCUACAACCACUCACGUCCGCGUCUCUUCACCUCCGGUAGCUACCCACCCAUCCGGAAUCAGUGCCCCUCGCACUGUUCCCCCGCCUCCGCCCGUUGUAUCUACUUCGGCCACCUAUGUCCGCGCGCUCUGGGCUUACAACGAGGAUGGUGCUGAGUCCAAUGACUUGUCUUUCUCAUCCGGAGAGCUUAUCGAGCUCGUCUCUCAGAAGAACGCAGACUGGUGGUCAGGGCGAGUUAGAGGAAAGGAGGGUCUCUUCCCAUCUAAUCAUGUCGAGAAAGUGGACUCCACGGCAGCCCCGUCUCCCACAUCAACAGCUGUAACAACAGCCAAGAAGCCUUAUAAGCCAUUCGGAGCGGCUCUGCAUGGAGCGGAUACACCACCUCCGUCAACGACUGGCAUAAACUCGGUCGGGCUCCAGCAGGCUCCGGGCCAGGCGGAAAAGAAGAGCAAGUAUGGAAAGUACGGGAAUACUAUGGCCCAUUCCGCUGCCGGUGGUGUUGGGUUUGGAGCAGGUUCUGCCAUUGGCGGCGGUCUCGUCAGAGCCAUCUUUUAAGUUGCGAGCUGCCAAUGCUAAUGUUAUCAUAUUCUACUAUUUAUCACUGGACAUGAUCCAUGGGGUUCUGUCUGGACUGUAUUUACUGUGUAUAACUGGAGGACUCGGAGAACAUUUAGCUUGUGGAUUUGAGGACAAU